CAGAAGUUGUAAGCGGUUCUUUUUUAUUUUCCAUUCCAUUCAGCCAAUCUGACGGCAAAUUCACCGUUAAGUUUUCCUAGAUCGUUCAGUCGGUAUCAGAUCAUCAAGUCGGCAGCAUUUUCGUGCAUCGAUGAUCACUAUUUCAUUGACGAACGAUUUCCAUUAUUGUAAUUUAUUAUACGUAUUGUUCAAAUCGUUGUCGACUUAAAUCGAUUCCGAUUGGGAAAACUUCCUGAAUUCGUUUGGACAAAUGCAGAACCUGGAACCGAAUAAUUCCAUCUUUGAGUAAAUAAAUAGUAGGACUCCUAAUUUUAAAAAUCUACAGAAGUCGUCGGCAACGAUGACCAAAUACAAAAUAAAUAACGCAAAUUUGUCUGCCGACAACAAUGUAACGCUGACCUCAUUCAUGAAUGGAGAAAAUGCCAAUUCACACUAUAUAACAAAUCCCUUCAAUAAGGAUCAUCCGGACAAGCCCAACAAUAUGGAAUUACCCGAAAAAUUCCAUUCUAAAAAAUGCGGAUGGGUCAUAUUAAAUUUACCGAAGCAUAAAUUGCGGAGGAAUUCCGUACAAGAAAAAUUCAGGGAAACGAAGCGUUUAUUGGCAGAAAAGACAAAAAAGUUGUGUAGCGUAAAAACGCUUAAAAGGAGAGUCCCUAUCACCGCGUAUCUUCCCAAAUACGACUUGGAAACUGCAGUCUCAGAUUUCGUUGCCGGUUUGACUGUGGGUUUGACAAUAAUACCGCAAGCCAUUGCUUAUUCAAGCGUUGCCGGAUUGCCAGCGCAAAUAGGACUCUACUCCUCAUUUGUAGCCCCAUUUGUCUAUGCCGUGUUCGGUAGCAGCAAGGAUUCCCCUGUGGGACCGACAGCGAUUGAAGGAUUGCUGACUCGGGAAAAUGUCCACGAGCUAGGCCCAUCUGGUGCAGUACUACUGUGCUUCUUGAGUGGAUGUGUGGAACUAUUAAUGGGUAUUCUUAAUUUGGGAUUCCUCAUAGACUUCAUUUCCGGUCCAGUAGCAAUAGGUUUUACGUCGGCAGCAGCUAUAAUAAUAGCCACUACGCAAGUGAAAGAUUUGCUGGGCUUAGAUUAUCCAGGGGAGAAUUUUCUUACAGUAUGGGGUCAGAUUUGUCAACACAUAACAGAUACCAGUAUUCCCGACUGCACUAUGGGAUGUAUUUGCAUCGUUGCUCUUCUAAUUUUAAAGAAAACUAAAGACAUUGAGGUAUAUCCCAACGAUCCCAAAAAAGUAACGGUUUUCCACAAGACCGUGAAAGGAUUUCUUUGGCUGGUAUCGACUUCGCGAAAUCUUCUAGUGGUGGUUAUUUCGGCCAGUAUUUCGUACGCUUUUGAGGUAUAUGGGAAAAAGUCGUUUCAGCUCACUGGAUUUGUAAAGCCAGGUUUACCGGACGUUAGUUUGCCGCCAUUUAGCACCACAGUCGGAAAUGUGACGUACGACUUUGUAGAUAUGGCGUCGACUAUUGGAUCGGGCAUUAUAAUCGUUCCUCUGUUAUCUAUUCUGCAGAAUUAUGCUAUUGCUAAGGUUUACUGUGAUGGAAAAGCAAUAGACAGUACCCAGGAAAUGCUGGCGCUAGGAAUUUGCAAUGUGGCUUCUUCCUUUGUGAGUUCCAUGCCAGUAUCAGGUGCUCUUUCCAGGGGAGCAGUAAACCACGCCAGUGGGGUUAAAACUACUUUCGGAGGAGUCUACACGGGAAUCGUGGUUAUUUUGUCUCUGCGAUUUUUGACCCCUUGGUUUUAUUACAUUCCGAAAAGUGCCUUGGCGGCUGUCAUUAUAGUAGCAGUAUCUUGUAUGGUGGAAUUGCAUACGUUCAAACCUAUAUGGAAAACGAAUAAAAUUGACCUAAUACCAGCGGCAGCGACAUUUUUCGUUUGCUUACUAACCAGACUCGAAAUAGGCAUCAGCGUUGGGGUUGCAAUUAAUUUGUCGUUUUUAUUAUACGCCGUGGCCAGGCCGACAGUAUACGUUGAGAAAAUUGUGAAUGCCUUCGGCUGCGAGUACGUUUUGAUAACUCCGGAUAGGAGCUUGUAUUUUCCUUCGGUGGAGAAUGUGCGUUCGAUCAUUUCCAAAGCUGGAACUGAAUCGGGAUCCAACUCUACGCCUCUCGUGAUCGAUGCCAGACAUAUUCAAGGAGCUGACUUUACUGCUGCCAAAGGGAUGAAGAUGCUGAUGAGAGACUUUAACAAUAGAAAUCAACCAAUCAUAUUUGUUAAUUUAAAGCGGGACGUCGUAAAUACCUUUCAAGGUGUGGGCCCCAAAGCUUUUAUUCACUGCCAAAACAUCGACGAACUCAACGACCUGCUUAAAACGUAUUCUAUGAAACCAAGCAGUGCCCUAAAUGGAGUCGAAUCACAGAACCAACUAAACAGGAGUCGUUUGUAAAACAGACUUGAGGAGGUAACUAGUCUUGACACCGCUUGGUCCGUUGGAGUUAGCGGCGUGUAUUUCGGGAUCGUUUUGAGGGAUUGGAAUACUUUUUAAAUUUUUUUUUGUUUGGUACUCUUUGAAUGCAAUCUUGUGUUACUUAUGAUUAGUUCCUGCAUAUUUAUGCAGAAUGGCCAUUUUCUUAUGGAAUGAUGUCUGUUAAAAAUUUCAAAAAACCAAAGUUUCACAUACCAAAGUUGUUUGGAUUCAUUUACACUUUUAAAAUAUUAUAUACGGAGUGUUUGUAUUUUCGUUCACAAAUAACAACUUUGAUAUUUUGAAUAGAACAGCAUAUAUAUUAAAUAAUUUUUGAAACUUACAAGAAAUGGCAGAAAUGUGUAUGUCAUAUAAAGCUAUACAUAAGUAUACCAGCUGACAUAUUUUCAGUUUUAUGUCAAAAAGUGACAUUUGCCUCUACCGAUUUACCGAUUUUAUAUUUUCGGGGAUCAUUUGCUGACAGAAGGGAUCUACUUUAGUCUGUAUUUAUAUUUUAAAAAUAAAUAAAUAUAAGGUGAUCAAAAAGUUACAUUAAAAAUUAAAAUGAAAAAAUCGUAAAAAGUAAUUUGUAUUACACUGUGACGACAAAACAUGGUAAAAAACUAUGGAACAUUACAGAAACGUCACGAUUUUGACUUCGAAACCAAUAUUUCACAGUUUUAUGUUACCUAUCAUAAAUGUGUUUACCUUGUCCAUAUAUAAAAAUAAGAUUUCUUACAAAAUGUAAUGAUCUAAAUUUUUUUGUUAAUUAUUUAUAUUGUAAUUCACUUGUAGGUUUUGUCCAUUUGGAUAUUUUUUUGCAAAGGGCUAAAUUUUUGUUAUAACAUUGGUUCCAUUUUUACAUGAUUUAUGAUUUAUACAAAAUUGUCGAACUGCAAAAACAGUAGUUGGUAUUUCUUUAGUGCUCGAUUGUUUUUAU